AUGGAGGAUCAGGCUAUUCUCGAAACCUCCAAUCCCUACACUGCCUUCAAUUGCGAAUUCUGGAUCAAUGAAAGUGAAAAAAGACGAUGCACAUCAAAUUUGGUGGAGAAAGGGAACUCGAUCGGGUUUGGUGUGUUUGGUACAGUUUAUAUGGGAAUGAAUCUUGAUUCCGGAGGCUACUUGUUGUUGAAGAGCUUUACCAUGCAAAUUCACCACAUAAUUUUCACUUUCUCCUUUGGUUUUCAAUUCUUGUGGCUUGAUUUUCAGACAAAAUGUCGUUUUGCCCGAAUUACUGGUGUUGAGAGUGUUGAAGUGGACUUGAGCAUUCAAGUAGUUACGGUUCUUGGUUCUUCGCCUGUAAAGAGCAUGUUUGAAGCUUUGGAGCAAAUCGGCCAAAAAAACCCAAUUGAUUCUAAUGUUGCAAGAUCGAAGGGAAAUCAGAGUUUUGACAGAAUUUUGUCAUUAGUUGAUUCUUUUAAUUUUCCUUAUUUUUUCCCUUGCACAUGGUAG